GGGCGGUGGGGGCGGGGGUAGAGCAUCUGGUGGAACGUGCAGGAGAGGGGACAGUGAGAGGACCCUGGAAAAUGGGGGCGGCGGGGACAAUGCCGCCUAUAGGCUCGUCUCCUUUCAAACCAGCUGCUCUUCGCUGGCCCGAUAUUCGCUUCCGGGAUCAGAAAAUGAUUGUACACUUAUGGAGCUAUUUGUAUAGAAAUAUAUUUCGAUUUUGGCUAAAAUGGAUCUUGAGACAGUUGACUGGAAAAUGUGAACUGCAGCGUAUCUGUGAUGGCUCAAAGAAAAGAGCAGAAAGGACACUACGGAUAGAACAUUCGUUGGAAUCAUCAAAGUGUAAGGCUUUACAAAGGGCUGUGUAUUCUUCUAAAGAUGACGUGGAAAAAUGUGUGGCACUCAUCAUAGAACAAAAGAAGAUUAAUACACAAAAGGAUGCAGUGUUUGCUUCAAAGCUGCAAUUAAGUUUGCUCCAGAUAUCAGGAUGUAAGAAACUUUAUUUGGCUGUAGAAGAGCUGAGAAAACAACCAUAUAACUCUGAUAAUAAAGAACAUGAAGAGCAACUAAUAGAGCUUUGGAAUUUGUUGAUGCCCCAUGAAAAACUGAAGGCUAGAAUCACGAAGCAGUGGUGUGACAUUGGUUUCCAAGGUGAUGACCCUAAAACAGACUUCAGAGGAAUGGGCAUGCUGGGAUUAACUAAUCUUCUAUAUUUCAGUAAACACUAUCCCCGUGAAGCUCGUCAAAUCCUUUCUCGCUCAAAUAAUCCAAAACUGGGAUAUUCUUAUGCAAUAGUUGGGAUCAAUUUGACAGAAAUGGCUUACAAUUUAUUGAAGAAUGGACAUUUAAGAACUCACUUCUACAACUUGGUUCCUGGUGAACCACAAAUGAAAGACUUCCAUCAGUUUUAUUGUUAUUUGGCUUAUGAAUUUGACAAAUUUUGGUUUGAAGAAAAGCCUGAAAGUAUUAUGUACUUCAACCAGUAUAGAGAGAAGUUUCAUGAAAAAGUCAAAAAACAUCUUCUGGAUUAUGAUGUAGUCCUUGCCUUAAGAAACGAAAUAUAGUAAUGUGUAUUCCUUUGGAUUCUGUCCAUAAAAAUUAUGCACUUGACUGGAAUUCUCAUAUUUAACCAAAAACUUCACUUAAUGAUCACAAAGUUUUAUACAUCUAUAUUUUUUUUAUUAAAAAAGUGGUUGAGAGAGCUUGGACAAUCAACACUUAAAAUAGUCUUUAUACUAUUUGCUGAAGGUAAGAACUUUUUAGAUACAAAGAUCAUUUCUGUACCACAGAUCCUCAUAACUUUUGUAUACCUAGCAGAAGAUGAAGCAGGUUCUUGUUGUGCUAUGUCAUUUUGUCUAGCAAUAGCUUCUUUUCCAUAUUUGACUGGUGUUUAGGUUAUAACCAGAGAUGUUGCAAUACUUCUUGAAGAGAAAUAGCUUUUGUUUUAAAUGUAUUUGGUUGCAUUUUUUCUCUCUUCUAACCUGGAACACAUGGUCUUUUAUUAUUACACUGCUGGGGGAGAACACCCACUAAUAGGUUAAAUAAUUUGGGUGUGUGAGAAAAAAGCUUCCCUUCUGCUUAUUGAGGACAAUUUUUUUUCAUGACACCAUGCUUAAACAUUGCCAGAGUUAAACUUUUGUUUUUAAAUAAGUCUUUGCAUGUUAUCAUAAAUAUAUUAAGUUAAAUAUAUUUUCCUGUACUAGACUAUUUUUAUUUAAGAUGUUGUAACUGCCUUCACAUAUCAACCAUUGCUCUAUUUUUCCCUUUCUUUUGUCACUUAAGUUCACAACUAAAGCUUUAAGAAUACUAGAGCUCCAAAUAUUCAGUAGAAUAUAAUUGGGCAAUUAAGUAAAUUUUCAUUACUACACUGCUAUUUUGUAUUGAAGAAAGCAACUCAGAUGGCAUAUUCCGAGACAAUCUAAAGAUUCUUCAACUAUUGAAUAAGCAUGUUUAAAAUGCUUCCAAUCUAACUUUAGUUGCAGGUAGUCUUGCUUUAGGCAUAGGGUGAUCAGUUCAAAGAUUAAUCUUUUUAAAGUGCCUUGUACUUACUUCAUGUGCGCUUCAAAUCUGAAGCUGAGACUGAGCCGUUGCUGGUUAGUUCCUUAAACAUGCUGGCUUUGUUGUAAGAAUUGAUAUUGGAAUUGAGCAAAUUCCUAUUUCAUCUUACUAAUUGAUAAUUGACUAAUUAGACUGCUGAUAAGGAAAAAGUGAGAGUGUAGCAGGAAGCCAUGGGAAGAACAUAUUAUACCUCAUGGCAACCUUGUAGGCAUUACAUAUGCUGGAAGUAUUAUCUAAAACCUGUGAAUUCAAAAAGUAAUAAUUUAUCUAGAACAGUAAAAAAAAAAAAGGACAAAGCAAAACUGAUGAUAUCUAAUUUAUGGGAAAUAAAAUGCUUAUCAAAGUUCCUUUCUACCAGAGCAGUAGAGCCCUGACAGAGAGAUGGAGCGGAUCACAGAAGGCUUCUUUUCAGUAUCUACAUCUAUUUUUAGAGAUGUUUGAUCACUUUUGUGCAAUACAAGAAAACUUUCAAGAGAAAUUUGAUAUCUGCGAAAUGCAUUGGAGCACAAUCGAAAAAGUCCAUAUGAGCUCUCUGUAUAGGGACAACCCUAUUUUCUCCCAUUAGCUGGAGAUUUGUCUUCACAGAGAAGUGUGUACCUGGUUAUAUAUGAGCACUGGAUCUAGUGGUUCAUGGUAUCAGAAUGUAUACAAAAAUAAUUCCUGGCUGAAAUUGUUGUAAAUGUAUUUUCCUAUUCUGUAUGUUAUAAGGUACGUUUAUUGCACACUUGAUUCCAUUUGAGUUUUUCUUUGAAAUGGCUUAAUCGACAACCUUUUUUAAUUUAAGAAAUUUCAUUUAUUUUACUUAAAAGAAACCUUGAUCUUCUAUACUAAAUGCUUUAAAUAUAGUGGCAAUAGAAAAUUCUAGAAAAUAUACCAGAAAAGAUUUUAAGGUAUGUAUUCAUAUAUAGUUGUCACAUUACUUGUUUACUACAUUAAUAUUAAAUAAGAAUCAAUGGCUCUGCAAAAAAUAAAGCUGAUGCAACAUUGUGCAUGUGAACAGUAGCAUCUACAUUGUUGCUGUGAUUUCAUCAAUUUGGACCUGCAGGGAUUUGGUAGGCAGAGUCUACCUGAGCCCUUCCAAUACAGUCUAUAUAUUUUUUUAAAUUUAUUUAUUUUUAAUGAGUUCAUCUUUUCCUGUCAGAUGAUAAACCUAAGGAAGACUGAUAGAUUAUAAACUUUGUCACCUCCCUAAUGCUAGUGAUGAGUGGAACCAUAGUUCCACUCCAGGAAUGUUUGGGUUGUCGUUCUACCAAAACUCUGGGCUAGAUUAUGCAAGAAUUAAAACAUAAACCAGCAAACCAACCAGUUUUAGGGUUUUAUUUUAUUUUUGUAAAAACUAACAUAUUAAAUGAAAAUGAUUAUCAACAGAGCACAAAGUGAUAUAAUGGUAACAUACCCAGUUUCAGGCAGUAUAAAUAUUCUUUUCAAUGGUGCUAACAAUCAUAGUUGACAAUUUUUAGGAAAGAAGUUUCUAAAGUUUUGAAGCCACCAGUUGUGUUGUAAAUAUUUUGAAAUUCUCAUUCCUUACUGUAACAAAUCUGUAUCUUCCUUCUUUAAAUGUAUUGUUGAAUUUUUGUAAAGCUGUGUUCCUUAAUUACAGAUAGUGACGUAGCUAUCCUAUAUGGAUGUAAUGUUUAGGUAUAAUAACUAAACUUAAUAAGUCCAUUCUCCAUUAGUUUUUACAUUGGUUUCAUUUAGCUGUAAUGAUCCCAGUCUGGUAAAGUAUAGUUUAUUGGACCAGAAGCAAACCAUCUGCCCUCUUGCGCUGCCCCUCAUGUGUUCAGUUUGGCAAAGUUUUCUUGAUUUCUUAAACUACAGCCUUCUCGGACAUUCAGAUUACCUCCAAAAAGAAUUUGAAGCUAAUUUGGAAGGUAGCCCUUAAGCCACAGUUUACAUGUGCAGACAUUCUGGGAAACAUUUAAAGUAAGUAGGCAAGCUUUAUUGAAGAUGGCUACUAGGGGGAAGGGGAAACUGCAUGAGCCAGUAGCUCCUGGUCAAAUACCUAUGAUUUAUCAGACAAAUGGCUAUAACUGAACUGGGCCAAUGUAUUCCAGUAGCUGUGUAGCUUGUAUAUAUAUUUGCCCAUUUCUUUUUGAGAAUAAUUCAUUCUAGACUUGUAGUGGAACCACUUAAUCUAGUUUUGAGCUGUGAAAACCAAUAUGUUGUAAAACAGGGUUUUUCAUUAAAUAUUGCAUUGUGACAAUCAUAAGACAAUAUACUAGUAUCUCUGCACUGUUUCUUUAGAAAGAAACAAAUACACAUUGAAAUACACACAAGCAGCCAUUUAUUUUUUCACACAGCUGUUCACAUUGUUUUUCUGGUGGUGUGAGGUGAGAGGCCUACAUGGAAAAACAUGUAGACAUCAAUGUGCAUCCCCUUCAUUAUUAACAUUUCUCCAAAAGCUUUUGAACCUGUGACUGUAUGAUACAUUGUGGGAAGACAGA